AAAAUAGAAAGCAAUUAAAAUCCAGUUAACUCCACUGCCUACCUUAAAAGCUUUGGUUUUUUUUCGUUUAUUCCGAGGUCAAAUAUCUUGCAUGCAGCAUGUGUACACUCCGUUAGCAUAACAAUAAUCUUCCCUUUCUUCUGCCGAGGACAUCUUCCUGCAACCGCCGCAUACAUUAAUUGUGUAUACGGGAAUACCGAUACAAAAAAUUGGGAAUCCCGUGAACAAAUUGAUAUCUCUAACCUAAUCAAGGCAUACAGACAACACGAUGAUUGAGCAUAAUGCAUAAUUGGUGCAUCGUUUGCAAACUAUAUUAACCGCAUCCCGACGCGAGUUGGCUUUAGAACCGUUUGAACCGUUGUUGAGCGUGAACGUGAACACCAUGGAAACGAAACGCUUGGCCAACUUUGUGGCGAUUCUGCUCAGCUUCCUGGCAGUUGGGUUGAUCAGCACACAUGAUACGUCCGAGUUAUGCCACGGGAAGUACUACUUCGGCAACACAUUUAAGAUCAACUGGUAUAAGGCGACAGAUUACUGUAGAUCCCGCGGCAUGUUUCUGGUGUCGAUCAACAAUCAUGCACAGCUGAACGGUGUGAUCAAGUGCAUCCAGAAGAGCGGACACAUGAACCUGAACAACGACCUGGACAUGUGGACGUCCGGUAACGAUCUCGGCGAGGAAGGGCAGUUCUUCUUCUCUUCGACCGGCGAACGGGUGACGUUCAAUCGGUGGGACAAAGGUGAACCGAACAAUGCGUGGCACGGAAUGUGCGUAUACGAGAAUUGUGUCACGCUGCACUUCAAAUUGCAUUCCGUCAACUACACUUUGGGCGAUAGGCCUUGCGGGAAGGAAAAAUUCUUCAUGUGUGAAGCGUUGUAGGAUCUAGGAACAGCGUGCAGGUGUGUGUGUUUUAAGUGGAUUAAUAAGAGAGAGCGGUGCGGUAUAUUUCAUCCAUACAACAUUAAA